AUGCAAGUACUACCACAAAUCUCAAUACAACCUGAUUGGCAUGAAGCUGUACGCGAUGUCGUCGGUCAAGACACUACUGAAGAAUCAUUCUGGGCAUCCUGCUAUAAAAAAGGUGGCGAGUCAAUUCACGGUUCAGUGACCAUUGGGAAGGGUUCUCAACCACGUUCAGUCGCAUUGCAAGGUAGUGAGGGUAUUACAGCCGAGUAUAUCAAUUCUCGCUCUUUCAAGAUGGGAUGCAAGUCGCUUGAUAUCUCGGAUGUGAUGGUUUAUGGUCCCAAGUUGGAAUUUGAUUUGAAGGAUACCAAAUCGGUAAAUGCGAUCGAUGUGACAUCGAAUGGCGACAUGUAUGCAUUGGGUCAAGCCGAUCGUAUCAUCAUUGGCAAUUUGAGUGAUGGCAAGGAAGAGAGAGUGAUGCAAGGGCACCUUGACGAUGUCACCACGGUUCAAUUCUUCCCGAGUGAUCAAGUCAUCUUAUCCGGUGGUGCUGAUUUCCAAAUCAAGAUCUGGUCUGCCAUUGAUGGAAGUAACCCAGUUACUUUGGUUGGUCAUACAAGUGUCAUCACGGAUACAGCCAUCAUUGAUCGGGGACGGAAUGUACUUUCAUCAUCAAGGGAUGGCACGAUACGUUUAUGGCAUUGUGGCACCGGAACAACCAUCUCCAUUGUUGCCCAAUACAGCGUACCAGUAUCCAAGAUCCUAUUAUGCCCACUACCAUCGCAAUACACUGCCACAACGCCCGAUCAAUUAGAUGAGCGUGAAGUUGAAACAGGCGACAAGAUGGUCCUUGCAGCUCUUGGAGAUGGUCGUGUUGUUGGCAUACACCUUGGUACAAAAAAAGAGCUUUUCCGCACCGAGAAACAAGAAUCUCCCUUGGCUGCUCUCGCAUACCAUGGCGAAUCAGGGGUAUUUGUCACCGGUGAUAUCCAUGGCAAGCUGUCUGCAUACAAUCAAAAUGAGCAAAGUCCCUGUUUACAAUGGCAACGUUCGGAGCAUGCAGUAACUGAUUUGGUGAUCAAACUCAAUGAGGAUGGCGAAUUGGCGGUUUUUGUGGCUAACGCCGAUGGUAGCUUAUACCAAACGAGUCCCAUUUUACUUGCAAUGAAGCAACCCGAGAGCUUACGUCUAGCUGGUGAAUAUUCUGGAAACGAGCUAGAAUCAAUCCAUUGUUUAAAGGCGAUCGCAACCAAGGAAGCGAAUGGACACGAGAGAUUAAUAUGUGGCAAUCGUGCAGGACAUGUAAUGAUUUAUUGA